AUGCUGUGGAUAGAGCCCAGGUUCUCCUCCUUGGAGAAGCUAGAGGACUCAGAUAACUUUGGUGACAGAAGCGUCUAUUGGGCAGUUACCUCAUGGGAGGACGAUCACUUCAAGUGGAAGCUGUCACUGUCCUUGGUCUGCCGUCUGUUCCUCCGCAUCAUUGCAUCACUCAACACUCGCAUCAGGAUGCUGCCCAAGGAUCUCACUGACUACAUCAUCAGAACAAAGCCUGGCAUAGCCAUCAGCAGCACACUGUUCCUGAUCAACAACAUAACCCAUCUGUACAUUUCCACUUAUGCUCAAUACACUCAUAAAUGGCCCGCCCUAGAAGCUAAUUCUGUCGACGCCGGCUACUUCAUCGCUCGUGUCAAGGAGUUGCUUUGCAACCUGCAAGAGAUCACAGCACCCCUCUCUUUCAUCCUCCUUCUUGAGCGCGUCUAUGAGGUCACAGCGACCAGGCAUCGCAUCAUCUUGGAUAAUCAUCAUGACCCUCCCCUCACAAACACUCUGGCACUGCUCGAUCAGGGCACCACUCAUCAGCCCUCGUCAGUGGCAAUCUUGGGCAACUUGAUGUACAACGUCCAUCCACAAGUCGACCGAAUUCUGCAGUCCAGCCACUAUCUCGGAGCCAACAUUGUCUCACUCAAGCUGGCCGAUGGCGACAUCGAGGUCGCGCCUCUGCUGAUGGAGUACAUCGUUUGCAACUCACGACUCUUCUUUGUGGACGUUCUCCUCGGUCGUCUGGUCAAUCUGCAGAGUCUGUCGCUGAUCAACUCGUCGAUGAGUGGAUCGCCCAUGAUCGAUGAUCAAGUGCCCAGGGAUGAGCAACCCAACAAUGGCCAACCAGAUGUCUAUGUCAACAUGUUGACCUUCCUCAAACAGCACCAGGCGCUGAAUCGCCUGCGAAUGGAGUCUUACUGCAUCGGCGUGCUUGGCUAUCCUGUGAUACAGUUCCUGCUCCAGUCGAGUGAGCACCGGAUCGAUCGGCUGCGAAUCAACUCGCGCAUCAUCGUGCCUUGUGGCAGGCCGUUCAAGGUUCUGCACAUCAAUCGUCUGUUUCCUGACGUUCUCCCAGACAAGUUGGGAUGGUCAUGGCAAGACUCGAUGAGGUGCCACACCAACAGAUGUAACGACUUUGAGCACGACAUCCACGAGCUCCAAGAUUUCAAGCAGUUGGUGAGGCAGUCACUCGCCCCAUACCAAGUCAACUGGGACUUGUUUGACGAUGAAGACGAUGAAGACGAUGAAGACGAUGAAGACGAUGAAGACAGAGCUGUGUGA